CGAGAGAUCUACAUCAUUUUAUGAUCGAUGAUCGAUCGAUCAUGGCUACUAAGAGGAAAUUGGGUCCUGUGCGGAGUCCAGUCGUGUCUUUUACUCUAGCAAAGAAGAAAAAGCAAAUUUUGGCUGGGAAGGCAAUGAAGAAUGUCCUGGGAAUCCUUCUUACAGUGAUCGUUGUAUCUGUCGAUUGGUAUUUUCUGGUUUUGGCACGCUUAUUCUUCACAGAAGUGUAUCAUUUCAUAUUCUCCACUUUCGAAUUGCUGGUUCUGUCACUGCUGCUUUUUCAUCUUCUAUAUUCUGGUGUGCUAGUUGUCACUGCCCUGCUGACAAAGGAUACUGUCAGGCUGACAUCUAUUCAGAAGAAAUUACUUGGAAUCAAAGAAAAAGCAUAUGGUUACAUUUCAAUCUCCUAUCCGGCCCCAUUUGGUCCUCAACUUUCUUCUGAACCAGUCUCAAGCCAACAUGCCAACAGCAAUCCGCCACUGCAUUUCCUCACACCCACAAAUUCUCCACACUCACCACAUCGAGCUACUUCUGGAUCAGUCAGUGCAAGCCGCACUCCUACUCCGUCUAGUUGGUACUCCCAUAGCUUUGCAAAGGGCUCACCAUGUGAUAAUGACAAAAUGAAAAUCUCUGACUGUACUACACUGGAAACAUUUCUAAAGUGUGAGCAAGAUAGGGAACAUAAGGUUCUCUCAAGUAGCCCGAAUGUAACGGGUUCACCACUUUCAUGUGAUCAGUAUGGCUCUGACUUUGCUCCCACUCCACGGAAAUAUCACCUCUCGACCAGGUCCCUGCCUUCUUGUCUUACGGAGGGUGAUUCUCUUUUAAGCUCUGACAGCAGAAUAGCCCUGAGCAAACUCGGAAUUUCAAGGGACGAGUUGAGUUUUUGGAAUGAUCGUUGUAGAAAGUGGCUUGCCGAACGAGUUGUCUGUCCUGUAGCACGAGAAAUUGAGAAAGUCAAUGCAGUGUUGAAGAAAAUGGGAAACACAGAUCUCAUGAUAGGCUCUGUUUCUCUGCCUAAACUACAGCAGAUUGCAAAAAUAAAAGCGCAACAGGUGCCAACCUUGUCCGUCCUUGCUCCAUACUUAGAGCUAUCCACCAAACAAGAUUACCUCGUUUCUAGAACCCAAGAACUCUCAAAGGGUACUAACCUGAGUGCAUUUCACUGGGAUUCUGGUGGCUCGUGGAGAGGGAAGCAAUGGAAUCAAAGUUUACCUAGCGACUCACAAAUUGUUAUGCACCUGUUUUGCACUUACAUGGAUAGUCAGUUUCCUCCAAAUCCUCAAUAUCCAGCAGAUGGAAAAGCAUUCUCUAGUAGGCAUUUUAUGAAAGCGCCAGAUAAAACUAGUGGUUUGAAGAAGGUGGAUGUUUGCAUAUAUCAAGAAAGCCUGAAUCCACCGGACUAUCAGAUUUUACUGAAGGAAAAGCGUAUUGAAUUGUCCAAGGGGAGGAACAACAUGUUGAAUGCAAUCGCUGUCUUUCUCUACUGUGUAAAGACACAUUUCAAGUCUACCCUGGGGUCCGUACAUCUGGAUAAAACUGGACUUAAUGCUCUAUGGAUAACAGAGAGAGAAUGAACUUGUUUUUGCAUUAGUUAAUUUGUAAGCUAAAUUGUUGAAACUACAUAUAUGUCUACGUAGUUAUUAUUCGCACUUAAGUAAUGUUGUAAAGUAGAGUUGGCUAUGUUUAGUGAACCAAGCAAG